AUGUCUAGUCAGUCGGGUUUUUGGUCUAAAAGUAACAAAUUGUGUCAUCUGAUUCCCUGUUUAUCAGUAAACGCAAGCCGACGUCUGCUGGCGGGUAAAGACUCGACGAUAGAACAGUAUCCAUACACCGUGUCGAUACAGAAAGGAUACGAGCACUGGUGCUCUGGCGCUUUGCUCAAUCAGCGCCUCGUCAUCACCACAGCUAACUGCGUUUGGAAGUCAAUACAAGUAAGUCGUAUGAAGAUAAGGGCAGGAUCGAAGUACUCUGACCGCGGCGGGCAGGUGGCCGGCAUCCAGGAGAUGAUGCGGCAUCCCGGCUGGAGCAUCCGCCAUAACCCUGAUUAUGACGUAGCUCUGCUACUCCUGGAUAGGAACCUAAGAUUCUCUCAUUCACUCCAUGCGGUUGAUUUGCCGAACCGCUCCAUGAUGCCUUCCUUCAAUGACGCCUGGGUCACCAGCUGGGGCAGUGACAAGCGUGACGGAGUCUACCAGAAUACGGGUCUGACGCUACAAGCGUACAACGCGAAAAUAAUGGACUUCGGCAAAUGUCAGAAUAUCACACAGAGAUUUGGGGUGUUCGUGACACGUAACUUCUUCUGCAUGUCGCAGAUUGGUCGACGAUCUCCUUGCACUCGCGACACAGGCGCCCCCGCGGUUAGUGACGGCGUGCUGUGGGGACUAGCGUCGUGGGGUUUACGAAAAUUAUGCGGCACGGAGCGUUUCCCGGCAAUGUUCACGUACUUGGCGGCAAUGCCGAUAAUGAACUUUUUAGAGAACACGACACGGCAACUCAUGGCCGACAAGAGGUACUACCCCUACUCGGACAGGAUCGCAGAAACCUGGAUAAAGGAGCUUAUGGUCAACAGGUCUAUGACUAAAGCUGGCUGA